AUGAGCAAGCAGGAACAUGUAGCGCGGGUACUGGAAUACAUUCAAGAACUCCACGGCUUCAUUGUACUAGAGCAGUACACAGGAAACUAUGCACGUAAAUGUUGGAAUCUAGAUCCUGCAGCCGGCGCAGCAUGGGCAGAUCCGUCCGCUGGUCAGCGCACGCUUUUUAUUCCUUCGUAUCUCAAGUACGCCCAAGGGCUAGUGCAUAUGGGCGAGCAUACAGACAUCAAACAAUCCUGGAUCAGUUCAGCAUUGCACUCAGCACUUAGGGGUGUCGCGAUGCUCCUUGUUGAGCACGGGUAUAUUAGCGAGGCAAGGCAGCUGGCUCGGCACUGGAACGCGACGUCUUGGUUGUGGAUAUAA